GACUAACGUGACUCCCAGCGAUCAGAGCAGGCCACCAUCAAAGCAUGAAGAGCCCUGGCAGGGCACCGAGAUGGAGCCCAGAGGACGUGCCAUCACCGGUGUGCGCCUACAGAGUGAUCGAGGGAGGCAUUGGGGGGCAGCUGUGCUUUCGGCAAACUCUGUUUGGGUACAAGUGCUCUAAGGGAGAAUGCAGGAGUGCGGUGUCUUUCGGGAGGCUGGUGGCAAAUAUUCUCAACAACGGCAGCGUACUGUUACAGUGGACCCACGAGUCCGAAUCCACAAAGACUAAAGAGGCCAGCAGUCCUGGGACGAAUGCGACAGAGGAGGAAACUCCGCGAUCAGACUCUGUUUUCAGGGGUCGACGCCACAGACGCGGGGGCUACGAGGUAAGCUGCUGGUGGAAUGGCAGCUACACUCAGUUUGAGUGCGCCGGUGUCCAUCUUGGGUCGGGCUGCAGGGACUUUCUGCUCACCGAGCUCCACGAGAACAUCCCGUACCGCAUCUGUCUGCGCAACCUGGGCCGCUCCGAGCCAGCCGAGAGGCCGGAGCAGCGGGACUGCGUGGAGUUCACGCUGCCGCCGUCCGGGAUGCAAGACAUUGUGAUCGCCAUGACAACGGUGGGCGGGGCUAUCUGCGUGAUGUUGGUCAUCAUCUGCCUGCUGGUGGCGUACAUCACGGAAAACAUCAUGAGCCCCGCGGCACAGCAUACGUACUCCUACCGCGCUCACUCACAUCACUGAUGCACUAAAAUGACCCACAUGAACGCGCUCCGCGGUCAUGUGUUAUCUCUGUGGAGACUUGUUUCUGCCCCUGGGGGGAAAAUGAACAGAGGGUUUUUUUGUAAUCCAUGUAUCAAUAUUUCAAGUUAUUUUCUCAAUUUUGAGUCAGUUUUUGCGAUAAUAACCCAAAAUUUUGUUUUUUCAGUGGCAAAAAGAGUUUUCUCAGCUGCUGAAACAAGUUUCCAUAAAUCUCGCAGUCAUAGUUAAUAUCUAUAGUAGUCCUGUUUUCCGUUUUUCCAGUAUGACACACUCAUCCUGUUAUGACCUAACUGAAGCACAAUCUACUGUGGCUCUGCUAAUAACAUGCCUUCUGAACCUCGCGAGGAUGCACUGAACCAAAAUUAGCCUACUGGUUAUCUGCAGUUUGUAAAUACGGCAGUUUACUGUGUCACGUUUGGUCAAGGCUGUCUGGGGAUUGAAUCGGGCAGCAUGUCUACAGCAAUACCAAUAAUGAAAUGGCUCUGAGUACAUGAGAAACAAGAGUUUUGCUAAAUGGACAGUCGGUAAAAGUGUCCUUAAUGGGACACCGAAAAAUGAAACUUUACCAGUUAACACAUUUCUCCACUCGAGUCAGUCACAACAGCACUGUUUUUGCUUUGUUUGUCAUUUUCUGAAGGGCAAUACAAUCUGGUGUACAAUCUCCAAAUACUGUGCCAAACAUCUUCAGUUAAACCACCUUUCUGUCCUGCUGUCAGUGAAUAAAGUACUAUG